AAUGCUGAACCUGCAAAAUUAAAGCAAGAUGCACCUUCCACGCUCUUGGAGCGAUUAUAUGGCCAAAUUUCAUGCAAGUGAAUUCAAAGCACCUUCUUCUCCCUCCCUCUCUCUCAUCUUCCCUGCGUAAACAAACUCUCUCCUUUUCUCUUUUCUUCUUUCUUCCGUCAGUUACGAUUACGAACUCUUGAAACUGCGUGAUCCUUCGAGCAUUUGAGCCUUUCGCCUGCCAUAAUUCACGCAAGAGAUCAGUCAAUCGCCUAUACGAAACUGAGACGUUGUUGGGCAGUGUUUGUGGCUGUGAGAGAUAUGACUUCUGAGCUCAUUCACAGAGCCCAAACAAGCGAGACCGGAGAACCCACCUUGGAUUCACCACGUUCUUCGGAUUUUCGAGGAAAACCCGCACACCCAGUUUCCCGAAUGUUUCGAGAGAGAGUUCCUUUCUUCCUUAUCGGCGUUGCUAUCGCCACCUGCUUCUUCCACUUCUUCUCUCAUUCCCCAUCGCCGAUUCCUGACUUGCUCGUCGAUUCCGAGUUGGCUCUGCCGACUCGGCGAGUGCUGCUCGAGGAAGCUGCGACGCAUCCUCGGGGUAAAACCGGGAAGGUGCCUAUGGGGCUGAGAGGAAAGAGGAAGAGGAUUCUGGUGACCGGUGGAGCCGGCUUCGUCGGGAGCCACCUGGUGGACCGUCUGAUCGACCGAGGCGAUAGCGUCAUCGUCAUUGAUAAUUUCUUUACGGGCAGGAAAGAGAAUUUGAUUCACCACUUUGGAAACCCCAACUUCGAGCUCAUUCGACACGACGUCGUUCAACCCAUCCUCUUGGAGGUUGACCAGAUCUACCAUUUGGCUUGUCCUGCUUCCCCUGUUCAUUAUAAGUUCAAUCCCGUCAAGACCAUCAAGACCAAUGUGGUGGGCACACUGAAUAUGUUGGGACUGGCAAAGAGGGUUGGUGCUCGCUUUUUGCUAACUAGCACCAGUGAGGUGUAUGGUGAUCCUCUUCAACACCCUCAGGCUGAGACCUAUUGGGGCAACGUUAAUCCUAUUGGUGUGAGGAGCUGUUACGAUGAAGGAAAGCGCACAGCAGAAACCCUGACCAUGGACUAUCACAGAGGCGCUGGCAUUGAGGUGAGGAUUGCUCGUAUCUUCAACACCUACGGACCAAGAAUGUGCCUUGACGAUGGGCGUGUGGUUAGUAACUUCGUUGCUCAGGCACUGAGGAAGGAGCCGUUGACUGUUUAUGGCGAUGGAAAACAAACAAGAAGCUUCCAAUAUGUUUCCGACUUGGUGGAAGGACUAAUGAAGCUAAUGGAAGGUGAGCAUGUUGGUCCUUUCAAUCUCGGCAAUCCUGGUGAAUUCACCAUGCUUGAACUUGCUCAGGUGGUACAAGAGACGAUAGAUCCAAACGCAAAGAUAGAGUAUAGGCCAAACACAGAGGAUGACCCACAUAAGAGAAAACCAGACAUUUCAAAGGCAAAGGAGCUUCUGGGCUGGGAGCCUCUUGUGCCCCUUCGCAAGGGACUUCCCCUAAUGGUGUCCGACUUCAGACAACGAAUAUUUGGUGACUCCAAAGAUGCGAUGGGCAAUUCUGCCUCGUAGAUUUACAAAGACAGAGACACAUAAUUAUUUAGUGAAAAUCAUAAGCAUGUAUUGAAUAAGAGGGACUCCCUGAUAUUUAGAAAUAUACUGCGUGGGUAUAUGUCUUGGGGCAAAAUAAGCAGCAUUGGUAGUGCCAUGAAAAGAUUAUUUAGGUGUGUCAUCCGGAGUUCAGUUUUUAAUUAUUGAGUUAUUAUAUUUUAUUGGGGAGUAUAGUUAUUUUGGUUAAAUUACAAUUAAAUUAUACCAACGUCUUUUUCACAAUGAAGUUUUGCUUU